AUGAGAUUCUCAAUUAUUGCCACAUUUGUUGUAUCAACACUUUUGACAAGCGUAGCCACCGCACAUAACGUUCUAUUACCACCUUAUGGUCGUAGAUGUUUUUUCGAAGAAUUGAAUCAAAAUGAUGAAUUGGCAAUUACUUACCAAUUCGGUGACAGAAAUCCUCAGUCCAGCAGUCAAUUAUCUGGUGAUUUCGUCAUUUAUUCAGUGGAAAGAAAUGAGGUCAUUAGAACAGUUUCUGAUGCAUCUCAUGGUGAAGUCACCGUCGUUGUUCCAUACAAAGGUAAGUAUCAAUACUGUUUUGGAAAUGAAAAAUCUGGUAUCGAUACUAAAGAUGUCACUUUUAACAUUCAUGGAGUCGUUUACAUCGAUGAAGAUGAUUCAAAAACGUUAGGUGGUGCAAUCAAAAAGUUAUCAAAAUUAGUCAGAGAAGUUAAAGAUGAACAAAGUUACAUUGUCAUUAGAGAAAGAACACACAGAAACACUGCUGAAUCAACUAACGACCGUGUUAAGUGGUGGUCCGUAUUCCAAGUGGGUGUGGUAGUUGCUAACUCAGUCUUCCAGAUUUAUUACUUGAAGAGAUUCUUUGAAGUCACUUCUUUAGUCUAA